GAUUACGGUGACCACGAGAGUUGGUGGUGGAGUGAUACUGGCAUGGCCGUUCGGUACGCCGUGAUCUGCGUCAUCUUCGCUGCCAUUCUCCUCUACUUCCUCGGAGGCUAUUGGCACGCCCGUCAUCGUCUGAGCAAGGGACAACCUCCUCUCGCAUACCACAGAUGGAUGGUGAAUCGCACCGUACGCUACCAGCAACCCCAGCACCAAGCAGCACCGUACCGCCCAUACCAGCACGGCCCCGAUCCAUAUCAAGAAGGUUAUGUGAUGCACAGGUAUGCUCCUCCGCCACCUGCGUAUCAUGGCGAUGCUCCGCCUGCCUACGCUCCUCCCGAGGGCGCGAGUAAGGCCAUGGCGGACCAAAACUAU